AUGGCGCCUAAAGAGAAAAGUGCUCUCAAGCGUGGCAGGCUCAGCGUGGAUGCCGAUUCACAAGACCUGAAAAAGCCACGCCGAUCUCAGCGGAUAUCAAGCCAGCAGCAAGCAGUGGAAACACCAGUCAACCAUGAAUAUCUACCAACCCCCAUGACUCACGCUCAUUCAACGGACAUUCGCAACGGAGUAACGGUUACUCCCCCAGAAAGCCCGAGUCGAACUCGCAAACAGUCUCCCCCGCCAGAAAUCUCCCAGGUGUUAUCGUCGCCUCCAGGGGAUACACAAGCUCUAUCGCAGUUUGUCUACCCACCUCGAGCAUUUGCCGAUGAGGUGGAAGAUGAAAGCGAAGAGGGCGUCUGGGGAUACCUGAUCCCAUUAGAUGAUAAAGUGGAUGAGACUUUUGUCUUGAAAACGCGUAAUAGUUGCGAAAAUAGGGCCGAUUCUGCCAAGGACAAGUCAAAGGCCUGCAAGCCCGGCAAUGGACAGGCACCUGGUGGAUAUCUAUUCGGCCGUCAUCCUGAGUGUGACUUGGUGAUCGAUAGCCCUACGAUAUCAAAUAGGCACUUCCUUUUAUUUGAGGAGAAAAAGAAAGGCGAUGUCGUUGCUUUGGUAGAAGACCUUUCCAGCAAUGGCACCUUUGUGAACGAUGCCCUUGUUGGACGAAACAAGAAUCGAGAGCUGGAAGAUGGUGAUGAGAUUUCUAUUCUCAACGAGGCCCGCUUUGUUUUUCGCUACGCCCGGACUCGAGAAAUUAGUGGUUUCCGCCAGCAGUACCGGCUUCAUCGUCAGCUUGGCAAAGGCCACUUCGCGGCGGUCUAUCUGUGCGUUGAGGGGUCCACAGGUAAGCAAUAUGCAGCCAAGGUGUUUGAAAGACGCCCGGGUGACUCGCAAAAGUCUCAAGGUGAUACUGCAUUACAGCAAGAAAUUGCUCUCUUGAAGGGAAUCAACCACCCCAACUUGCUCUGUUUGAAAGACACUUUUGAUGAACCAGACGCGGCUUAUUUGGUGAUGGAGUUGGCACCUGAAGGUGAACUGUUCAAUUUGAUUGUCAGUAAGCAAAAGCUCAGUGAGUCUGAGACCCGUCAUGUGUUCCGACAGCUCUUAGAAGGGCUUAAAUAUUUGCAUGAGAGAGGAGUUGUACACCGAGACAUCAAGCCGGAGAAUAUUUUGCUUGCCGACAAGAAAAUGACCGUCAAGUUGGGUGAUUUUGGUCUCGCUAAGAUCAUCGGCGAGGAUUCCUUCACCACAAGCUUGUGUGGUACACCCAGUUACGUUGCUCCAGAAAUCCUGCAGGACACCCGUCGACGACGGUAUACCAAGGCUGUGGAUGUUUGGUCUCUCGGAGUGGUUCUAUACAUCUGCCUCUGUGGCUUUCCACCUUUCUCUGAUGAGUUGCAUACCCGGGCUUAUCCAUAUACAUUGGCACAGCAGAUCAAGAUGGGCAAAUUUGACUACCCCUCACCUUACUGGGAUUCCGUGGGCGAUCCAGCCCUGGAUCUGAUUGAUCGAAUGCUCACUGUGGAUGUUGAGCGGCGGAUCACAGUGGAGGAGUGUCUCGAACACCCUUGGAUGACCCAGAAAUAUCCCAGUGUCACAGAUAGCACUGAUGGUCUGACGGGUGCUCUAGGCAAAUUGGAUUUCUCCAAGCGCAAGAUGGAACGAGAACGAACCCUGCUCAGCAGUGUCAAUGAUGGUCAGUUCAGUGAGCAUGUGGAAGGUGGUGGUGAACCUGUUAAGUUCGUCCACAAGAACGAUGCUGGCAAGCGAGUUCAUAACCGACCAGCCAAGGCGAAUAAAGAGCAAUCUCCCGGUGAGAAUAGUGGUUCUCGGGACUUUGUGAACCUUGGGCAACAUGGUGAUGCCCCCUUAUAUGAUGAAAAGCGUCCAACUCGAACCAAAUAA